ACAAAUCCACAAUUUCUUGUUGAGAAAAUCAUCCGCCAACGUAUAUACGACAGCAAGUACUGGAAAGAAAGUUGCUUCGCUCUAAGCGCCGAUCUUAUUGUGGACCGGGCCCUUGAUCUUCGAUACAUUGGCGGUAUAUACGCAGGAAAUGUCAAACCAACACCUUUUCUUUGUCUUGCUUUGAAAAUGCUUCAGAUCCAACCCGAAAAGGACAUUAUUAUUGAAUUCAUACAGCAGGAGCAAAGCAAAUAUGCUCGAGCACUAGGUGCAAUGUACCUUCGACUUACGUUCUCAUCCGUAGAAAUAUACAAGUAUCUUGAACCGCUUUUCAACGAUUACCGAAAGCUCCGGUAUAUGAACAAGCUUGGAAGAUUUGAGUUGGUAUAUAUGGACGAGUUUAUCGAUAACCUUUUGCGGGAAGAGCGAUAUUGUGACAUACAACUUCCACGAUUACAGAAACGACAAGCACUAGAAGAUGCUGGUGAGUUGGAGCCGUACAGAAGUAUUCUAGAUGAAGAUCUCGACGCGUUAAGCGCUUCAGAUAGCGAAGAUGAAAGGGAGAGGAAAGAGAAGAAAAAGGAAAAACCGCGUUUGAUAUCAAGACGACGAAGCCGUAGUAGAGAUCGCUCACGAGAACGUGAGAGAAUGAGAGAGAAGUUGAGGGAACGUGAGCGCGAACGUGACGAUAAGAGGAGAGAACGCUCUAGAGAAAGGGACAGGGAUCGUGACAGAGACCGAGAUCGUCAUGAAAGAGAUCGUCACGACAAGGAUCGAGAUCGUCGCAGAGACAGGUCACGGGAUCGUGAUCGUGAUCGCGACAGGGAACGGGAUAGAAGAGAUCGUGAACGUCCACGUCGUGAUGAACGAGAUCGUGACGAUAGAGAUCAUCAUAGAAGCAGAAAAAGUGCCAGAGAUGACGAUGAACGUGAAAUCGAGGAAGCAAAUGCUCUUCGAGCAAAACUUGGACUCAAUCCGCUUGAACGAUAG